AUGACAAGCAGGUUAUCAAUGCUUUGUAUUCUUGUUGUAGUGAAUUGUCUGACGAUGUUUGGUGGGCCACCGGAAGGUGCUGAAGUAGCCUGGAAUAACCAAAGACUACCCUAUCAAAUCAUGGAUGAUGACAAUAGCGAAAUAAGUCCAGUUGUCGGACAUGCAAUGAUUAAAUACAAAAAAUCAUUGAUUGUUUGGGGUGGUUACUAUCACGCAGAGGACAACGAUUUCCGUUAUCGCUCUUCCACAUUUCUGUACAUAUUACCUGCUGGUUUGCUGACAGGUCAUAAUGACGUGAAGUGGAUACUUUAUCACGUUCCACAUGGCGAUGUACCCCCAUCAACUAGUGGUGCAUGUGCUGUAUUAUGUGGCUGUUAUAUUUUUAUUUUUGGCGGCUACGUUCGACGCUCAACUCCUAAUAAUAUUCUGGAAGGCCAUUCAUCGGCGAUGUAUGUUUUGGAUUUGAUACAAGAACGGUGGUCAUUGAUUGUUACUGACGAUAACAGUCUCAUACCAACACCUCGAGAUAAAAUGGUUGGAUGGUGUUAUAAGAAAAAGUGUUACUACUUUGGUGGGUUCGGGCCGCGUCCUUUUGAUAUGCCAAACCCAACGCUGUAUUUGAGAGAUAUGGGAGAGUUUGUUGGUGAUGAAGCCAGUCCCUUCUACUGGAAUAACCAGUUACUAAUUUUUGAUCCUGAUCCAAGAAAGCAAAUAAACUGGACUCUUGCAAAAGUCGGAGGAACAGUGCCUUCAGCCCGUGCAGCAUCCGCAAGCACGUUUCUCGAAAGAUUUGGUAGUAUCCUACUUUUUGGUGGACGGAACAAAAAUCAGCGAUUAAAUGAUUUAUAUCUGCUUGAUCUGUCAUCUCUCAUCUGGACACAAAUUAAUGUGAUGGGAAUGAACGAACCAGAAGGGAGAACAUGGUGUUCACUCAAUACACUAUUUCCAAACCAGGCUUUGGUUUAUGGUGGGUAUUCGAAUGAAGCUCGGUCACUCUCUGAUUUCUGGAGGAUAGAAGUAAACGAAGAUAGUGAUGGGAGUUAUGUAGGAACGUGGACCGAGGUGGAGAGUGAGCAUGAACCGACGUCCCGCAGAUUAUGGCACACGGGAGCUGUUGUUGAAGGACAAUUGUUCGUGUGUGGUGGAACAGAUGCAUUGGAAGAACACAUCAAAAUUAGAGGUGUUCUGAAAAAGCGGAUGGAACCACUUCCGUUAUUAACGAUUUGCUUAGGUGUUUUAUAUCCAAUAGUCAGGGAAAUCAGUAUGUUACCCGCUCCUUUACAGCUGCAUUUUGCAUGGGCUCGUUAUGUUUUAUCUCGAGGUUAUCAAGCGCUUCACAUGGAUACGAAAUACUUUAAGGAAUACAACUUGUUGAAGAUACUCGAGACAUAUUAA